UUGAAUUCUCACUUCCUGGUUACGCGUUAAGGAAGUACAAUGGUAGCAAGCUCAAGUUGUAGUUUACUUUGUUAUUACCAUGAAAAUAAUACAAUAUCGUAUUACAUGACCAUAAUGUCGAACUAACGGUCACAUUGAAACGUACAUGAAAGACGUAGAAGAGUCACAAAACCUACAGCGAGCCGUGGAUAUUGUGAGUUGCCUCAAACAAGUCUGCUGACUGUAGCGACUAAUUUCCUUGAUUUAACAGUUCCAUCUGUUGAUCACUAGUGUGUACCAAGCAGUCUAAUGCCUUCAUGUUGUUUUACAUUGUAAUUAGCUACGCGCCGUAAACGGAUAGUACAUGGAUUGAUAAAGCAGUCUACCUGUCUUUCUGAUAACAGUAGUGCUACGUUUUAUUUUUGUUAUAGAGUGCCACGUCAUUUACUUUCAUGACUGAGUGGGGCACACCCCUAUAAAAGAAAAGCAUUGGCUGGAUUCGGAAAAAAAACGGUGAACUUCGCAACGUGGACUUUCACAAGUCCGUGGACGUUCACUUCCUUCGUCAUCUUACAUCUUCUCAACUGUUUUUCUAAUUCGGAGAAAAAAAUACUAGCUGUCAAAGAUGACAGCGGGGGCUUCAAACUGGGGGCUGAUCAUGAACGUGGUCAACAGUAUUGUGGGAGUGAGCGUGCUCACCAUGCCGUUCUGCUUCAAACAGUGUGGAAUAGUGCUAGGAACUCUGCUCUUGUUCUUCUGCUCCUGGAUGACUCACCAGUCCUGCAUGUUCCUGGUCCACACAGCCAGCAACACCAAGCGCAGAACCUACGCUGGACUCGCCUUCCAUGCAUACGGCAAACCAGGCAAAGCUCUGGUGGAGACCAGUAUGAUCGGUCUAAUGUUGGGGACCUGUAUAGCCUUCUACGUCGUCAUCGCAGACCUGGGCUCCAACUUCUUUGCUCAGUUGAUGGGCCUGCAGGUGACGUUUGGGUUCCGCGUGCUGCUGCUGGUGGCGGUGUCCCUGUUCAUCGUGCUGCCCCUCAGCCUGCAGAGGAACAUGAUGUCAUCCAUCCAGUCCUUCUCUGCCAUGGCUCUCAUCUUCUACACGUUCUUCAUGUUCACGAUGGUGCUGUCCUCGUUCAAACACGGGCUGCUGGGCGGCCAUUGGCUAGGGCGGGUCAGUUUGGUGCGCUGGGAGGGGGUGUUUCGCUGCCUGCCCAUCUGUGGCAUGGCCUUCGCCUGUCAGUCGCAGGUAUUGCCCACCUAUGACCAGCUGGAUGAGCCUUCUGUCAAGCGCAUGUCCACCAUCUUCACUUCCUCUCUGAACGUGGUCACCACCUUCUACAUUACGGUGGGCUUCUUUGGCUACGUCAGUUUCACGGAGGACAUAGCCGGCAACGUGCUGAUGAACUUCCCCUCCAACCUGGUGACAGAGAUGAUCCGGGUGGGCUUCAUGAUGUCUGUGGCCGUGGGCUUCCCCAUGAUGAUCCUGCCCUGCCGACAGGCCAUCAACACCAUGCUCUUCGAACAGCAGCAGAAGGAUGGGACGUUUGCUGCUGGGGGCUAUAUGCCUCCUGUGCGCUUCAAGUUGAUCACCCUCUGCAUCGUCUUUGGCACCAUGCUGGGGGGCAUCCUCAUCCCCAACGUUGAGACCAUCCUGGGUCUGACUGGAGCUACCAUGGGCAGUCUCAUCUGCUUCAUCUGCCCGGCGCUCAUCUACAGAAAGAUCCAGAAGAACGGCCUCACGGCACAGCUGGUGCUGUGGGUGGGCCUGGGGAUCCUCCUGAUCAGCACCUUCACCACGCUGUCCAUCUCAUCUGAGCCCACCCCCCGCCGCCCCCAGCCUCCACCCCCACCCGCCCCAAACAGGGAUUACCUCCAGCACAUGAAACUGCCCGAGAAGCCCCUGGUGAAGAAGCCCGCUGAGGGGGUGGAGCGGCCCAAGCUCCCUGCAGAUGGGGGGGUGGGUGUUGACCGACAGGAGGAGAGGAACCAGCCAGAGCCCCCCCAGAUCAAAGGACCGGUAGAACCAGAGCGGAAGAAGGAGGAGGAGGUGCAGCUGGACAGGCCCGAAGCUGGUGUGGCAGUGCCAGAGAAGGAGGCCCACAGACACGAGCCCCCCAUCCCUCAUGAUGAGGUACUGAUAGACGAGAGGAAGAACGCAGCCGAGCUGGCCGAGGACAAGAAUCCUGUUCCAGGAGGAGGGAAAGAGGAGGAGUCUCAGGGGGAUGUGGAGCCCGGGGCGGGGCUUUCACAGGAUGUCGACGACCAGAAGAAGAAGGAGGAGGAAGAAGAAAAGGAGGAGGAGAAACCGAAGCCUGUGUUGGUAAAGAAGAAGGAAGUGGAGGCGGGCGUGGUGGAGUCCAAUGAGGUGCUGGAGAAACCGGAGGCGGGGAAAAAGCAGGAAGCACCCCGAAUGAAAGACGAGGAUAGAGCUGCCCCUGUGAAAGAGGUGCAUGCUGGGAAUGAUCCUGUGGCCGUUCCUGCUGUGGCGCAGGUUGAUGAUGCGGACAAGGCCGCAGAUGCUGCUAGGAAAGGUGGUGAAGUGCCACCUGCUGAAGCAGAGCAUCGUGGGCCACCAGAGGGGGCAGAUGGGAAGGAGGGAGGGGCAGAUGGGAAGGAGGGAGGGGCGGAGGACAAGAUGGAAGUGAUAAAAAAUCUGGUUGCAGAAGGUCAGUUGGACCAUGCCAUGCUGCUGCAGGUGAUCAAGCAACAGCAGGAACAGCAAAAGAGGCUGCUAGAUCAGCAGGAGAAACUACUGGCUGUCAUACAGGAACAGCACAAGGAGAUUCAUCAGAAACAACCAGAUGGUGCAGAGGCAGAGGUGGCAGAAGGAGUAGCAGCCAAGAUAAAAGACUCAUCCCAGGUUGGGGCUGGAGCUGAAGAUCCACCUGCUGGAGUGCUCGAGACGAACGUCUUGCCCGAGAAUGAAGCCCUGCCGGGGGCAGGAAAGGUAGAGGACCCAGCCCUUAGGAUUGUGGUUCCUAAAGAGGAGGCCCCAAAACAGGCUGUGGUGUCAGCAGUGGAGGCCCAGAAGGAGAGAGAGGUGGGUGCCCGGGGGGUGCCACUGGGGGGGCUGAGGGAAGUCGAGGCCAGGGCAGACCCAGUCCAGGCCAAGCCCAAGGAACAGCUAGGCCAGCUUGGACAGGGAGAGACGGCCCUGGAUCGGGAGAAGGAGAAGCUGGAGAGGGAGAAGCUGGAGAAUGCCAUGGCAGAGAGAGAAAGGAUCAAGAAGGAGGUGAAAGCCAGGGUGGAGACGGAGCGUGUGGAGAGGGAGAAAAGAGAGAAGCUGGAAAAGGAGCAGGAGAUGGAGAAGCUGAGGCUGGAGAAAGAGAGAGCGGAGAAGCUGAGGCUGGAGAAAGAGAGAGCGGAGAAGGAAAAACAGGAAAGGGAGAGAGUGGAGUUGGAGGAGCAGAAGGCAAGACUGGCUGAGGUGGAAAGGGUUGUUCAGGCCAAGGAGGCUGCUGAGGCUGUGGUCGUGGCUGGGGCUGAGCAGGCAGCAGAACCACCGCCUGCCAAGAAGGGGGGUCGUGACUUGAAGGAGAGGGCAGCAAGAGAGACCGACUCUAGAGGAGUUUCAGAGGAGGGCCCCAAAGCUCCCCAGGGCCCCAAGGAGAACGCUAGAGACCAGGGAGACACGGACCUGAGGAGGAGACGCAGGGCACUGGAGGCUGAAGGAGCUGGGGAGGUGUCCAGGGGAGGGGGGCUGGAGCCCCUGCUAGACCUGGGGGGGUCAGACCUCCAUGCAGCCCUGGAGGGGCAGCUCCUAAGGGGAGCUCUGGUACACACACGCCAGAUCAAACAGACUUCAGACCCAGAGUAAGAGAGGGGCUGGUGAGGCUGGUCCUGCACACCCUUCCAGCCUCUCUGCCGGUCUCCAUGACCCCUCCUGAGACACAGUCAGACCAAACGGACCCUCUGUGAGACGGGGCUGAGACACAGUCAGACCAAACGGACCCUCUGUGAGACGGGGCUGAGACACAGUCAGACCAAACGGACCCUCUGUGAGACGGGGCUGAGACACAGUCAGACCAAACGGACCCUCGGUGAGACAGGGCUGAGACACAGUCAGACCAAACGGCCCCUCGGUGAGAUGGGGAUGAGCUGCAUCGAGGUGACAGGGACUAGGCCGGUUCUCUUCCUCUUGCUUUCUGUCACUUUCUCUUUUCUGGUAUUAUUAUUUUUCUUCAACCAGUGUCUUUCAUUGUGCUUUAAUGAGAAGAUAAUGCAAGGUGAUCUAUGGAUAUUUCAGGAAUUAUAUAAGAUUUGGCUAUUAAUGUAUAUUAUUCUACCUUACAUACAAAGUCUAUUUGAAUAUAUAUAUUGGAAUGUAAAUAUUAACUUAUUAAUAAGGGGGGGGGGGGGGAGUUCAAGGUCUGAAUGCUGAAUUGUUUAUUGCUGUGCAAAGACCAUUCUUGGUUUGUGGAUGCUGUGUAGGCCACCUCCUUCAAACUGAUUCCCAUGGUGUUUCUCAGUGUUCUGUUUUCAUUUGACAAAUAUUGAGAUGUUCUAUUCUCUAAAGAUUGCGUUUUAUAUCAAUUGUAUCAUGUUUGUAAAUUGUGAAUUCCUAUGUAAAACAGCAUAUCUUGAGAGAAUUGUAGAUUGCCUUUCUGUUCAUUUAAAAUCAAAAUGUAUUGUUUAAGGCUAAAACAAGAUACUUUCUACUGCUGUAGCUGUAUAUUCUUGCCCCAUCUUACGCACACUGCAUUGCAAUGUCCCUUUAGAAAGUUCUGAUUAAGAUACUGAGUUCCAUACCAAACGUUCCUCUCCACUGGUGCCUUACCUUUAUGCUGCAGAAGUGAUGUUGACAACGGUAUUUAAAUGUGGUUUAAAGUUUGAAAAUGUUCGGUUGUCUUUCUACCUGUGCAUAGUGCCUCUCCUUGUUAGUAGAGGAAUUAUUCAAUGCCUUCAAUGUGUAUUGAUUUCCUUGCGGUUUGCGUGAUAAAGUUGCUGUACUUGGGGAAUUUUGGAACACAUGCUGUGUUGUAGGAUUAGUGUUCUUUGCUUGUGGCUUUUCCCUUGUUGUUACAGAUGAUACUGAAGAAAGGGGAAAUUGAACUAAGGGUACUGCUUUAUUUCUUCUGAAGUGUUUCUAAAGACUUUUUUUAUGUUGAAAUAAAAGUUUACAAUGAA